CCUCGCAGUCGGCGACACAUCAGGUUCUGCGGCUGUCUUGGACGCGCGCAGACUCCAGGCCGCCUGCAGAAUGAAGGUUUUGCCGGUGCUGUUGGCAGCCCUGGGGUGCUCGCUGGUCGCUAGUGCCGCUGUCGUGGCGAGGAGCGGCGAGCAGGCGGUGGAUGAGGGCGAUGCGUGGUGCGGCCGCCUGCAGGUGGGUCUAGCCGUGUCGCCGCUGCUGGAGGACGGCAGGUCGCGGCGCCUCGAGCUGUGGUGGGACGGGGCCCGCCCGCGCGCCGGCGACUGGGUGGGGCUGUUCGGCGCCGACCCCGCCGCCUCCGGGGGACUCCUGGCCGGGCCGCUCUUCGCCGUCAGCGCCGGCGCGCGCGGCUCUGGCUGGGUGACCUCGGAGGUGCGCCAGCCCGACCUGCCCGCCUCGUCGGGCCUCGCCACCUCCGGGCCCCAGUGCCUGGGCGCCUGGGUCGCCUACGUGGCCGCGGACAACCGCUCCGUGCUGGCCUCCAGCUGCCUCAGGACCCGACCCACAUGGAUGGCAGAGAUGAACGAAACAAUUUCCUCGCUAAAGCUUCAGGACAUCUUCCUGCCCGGCACGCAUGACUCCGGGUCUUACAACGAGUCCUCUGGCAAGGAGACCAUAGUGGCCAGGUACACCAUCACACAGGAGGAGGACAUCCUUGCUCAGCUGAUCUAUGGUAUCCGGUACCUGGACGUGCGCGUGGCGUACUACCCUUACCUGAAGCCCCAGUGGUGGGUGAACCACGGGCUCUUCAGGAUUCACCCGCUGCAGCAGCUCGUUGACCAUGUCAAGAGGUUCGUGCUGGCCACGAACGAGAUCGUCAUCUUCGAUGUUCACGAGUUCCCAGUGGGGUUCGGGUCCAACCUGACGGUCCACGCGCUGCUGGAGGGCUACCUGCAGGAUCAGCUGGGGUCCCUGGCCGCGCCCAAGGCCCUGUCGUGGAGGUCGACCCUGGGCGAGGUGUGGGGCUCUGGCAGGAGACUCAUCGUGUCCUACAACCAGCAGCGCCUGGUGGACGGCAGCACCUGGCUGUGGCCCGCCGUGGCUCAGCAGUGGGGGAACGUGGACACGCUGGACAAGCUCCACGACUACCUCGCCUUCGUCAUGAACAAGCAGUUCCACAACAUAGCAUGGGCAGCAAUGGCUGAGCUGACGCCCAGCGCGGGCCAGGUGAUCUUCGACACGCUGGGGGGUCUGCGCAAGAUGGCGGACAGCGUGAACCGCAAUGUUACGGUGUGGUACAAGGGCUCCUGGGGCAAGACCGUCAACAUCGUUGCCGUGGAUUUCUUCCGCGGCACGGGGAUCGUGGAUGCGGCCAUCCGGUGGAACGAGCGGCGGGGGUCCAACGCAGGCUGCCCCACGUUGGGCGCCACCAGCAACUCGUAGCCACAGAGGUCCAACAAUGGUUGCCCCACAUUGUGCACCACUAGCAUCUCGUAGCCAUAGAGGUCCAACAAUUGUUGCCCCACAUUGGGCGCCACCAGCAACUCGUAGCCACAGAGGUCCAACACUGGUUGCUCCACAUUGGGUGCCACCAGCAUCUCGUAGCCGCGGGCAGGCCGUUGAAGCAUGGGAUACCAUAGACUUCCUCGAGCAUCUUGGACUCCAGCCAUUGCCAAGAUGGCUAGCUACUUGGUGGCACAUCAUCCUCCUUUCAUCGUCAGUAUGGAAGGAUUGCCAACGAGCAGUGACCAGUCACAUGCAAGAACCUCGAACAGCAAAUAAGUAUAGGCAUGCAAAAUUCAUAUUAUUUUCUGGUACCAGGCUUGACUCCACACAUCGGAAGCUUUUUAUUUUAUUGGGUUAUCACGUUUUAUCUUCUUUCUGGGCAGCAUUUUAUUGGAUCAUGUGAAUAUUGUGAUAGUGUUGUUUUGUUUCUUGUAUUUCAGGGCCUCUUAAACUAGGCAUGAUCCAAUAAUAGUGUCAUUCAAAUUUACAACCGUAUGCAUUCUAAGCAUUUCUCCAAAUAGCAAUGUGAAUUUUGUAGGAGCCUACCACAAAGCGCCCGACCGGCUAUGUGCUCACGUCAUAGGACCCACCGUGAUAUUUCACUUAUGUGUACUUUUAUAUUUUUGGCCGAGCAUUGUUGGCCCAGACCUCUGCCCUGUUGAAGGCGACCACUCUUGCAAGUUCUGUCUGACAGCCUCGUUGAAGAACAGGUAUAAGACCAGCAUCCACCCAACUGGUCCAUAACUCCAUUCAAGGUGCCAUUUACUGUUUGCUGUCUAUCGACCUCAUCAGGUCCAAACCUGCCAAAAGUACCUGCUUGGGCCUCUAGUUUUGUCCGCUAAACAUUAAAAUUGAGUGUGAUUUCAUGGUUACCACAGAACUAUCCCUACAGCAUCCACGACAUUAUCACAUCUUUCUCUUUUAAAAAAAAUGGAUACCAAUAACUGUGCGGGUGUUGAUUGUUGUAAGUUAUAUAAUAUUUAAAGAUAUUAAUAAUCACUAAGCAUUCGGGCUUUAUGAAAUUGUUGAUGAUUGGAAAUACGUUUAUGUAUUUAUACAGACAUAUGUCACACACAUAAAUUGUUACAAUAUAACGACUCACAGUCCAACGUAACACAAAAAAAUAAUCAUUAUAAAAUGCUUCUUUAGAAGUUUGUCUGAAAAUUAAAUUUUAAAUGCUAACGACUGUGUAUUUAAACGUGAAUAUUGUUUCAUACAUCAUUAAAUACGAAGUAUGAAUAUUACAUCUGUAUUACAUUUUUAAUGUUUACAGUAGACUGUCAAUGAAGGCACAAAUACUUAAAGCGUGUAAAAAUAUGUACUUUUGGAAAAGUAAUGACUGAGUUUAUUUUAGUUGUGAAGAGUUUUGAGAAAUAAAAAUAAACCUCUCCUAACAUAAAAAAAAAUUCUCGUAAUAUUCACUAAAGAAUCACCAUAUUUCAUUACCGCAUCCAUGAUUACAUUUCGCUCACUUUUGUCUAAAAUUGAUCUAAGCUAUGACACUUCUUGAAAUAACACUAGAUCGCCAUUUCUCAUUCAUUGAUAUUUAUUUUUGUCUCUAGUAUAAAUAUAUACCAGAAUUUAUUGCACAUGUGCGUAGAAGUCCACGAGUGUUGACUGUAUGUUAUAACUUACAGUAUUUAUUAAGAAUAUAAUUUUUCUGGUUGAUUUAUGGUAGAUCUACGACACACGAGUCUAGUUUAAACAGUUUUUUUUUUUUUUUUUUUUUUUUUUUUUUUUUUUUACAUUCGUCAUUGCUAGGUAUACUGGAUGUUAUAGAGAAAUCUCAAGAGAUGAAUACGCAAACACACAGAAAACAAGCCUACAUCAGUUCAAUGCACAGACAGUAAAGAGAUUUCCGUGAAAGGAAUAAGUCACUAAAAUCUCACAAAACAGUCACAGUAGUGACUUUAGACAGUAGUUAUCCUUUUAGUAUCAUCGUUGAUUCGUCUGUUUGUCGCAAUGUUUUUACCAGGUUGUUGUUUGCCGUUUUUGAUGUGUUUUUUUUUUUUUGCAACUGUCUCGGCAUGGUCAGCCCACUGUGUUCGUCUGUGCUUAACAUUUUUUUUUUUUUUUUUUUUCAAAAUUUUCCUUUUACAAAAUUCUCUGUUCUGAAUAAGCAUUUAACUCUUGACGUCGGCUGAUUUUGUAUUGUUUACUGUGCGUUUGUGCAUUUAUCACUUUGUCCGUGCUUGAGGUUUCUCUGUGACAUAAAGCGUAAACCAGCAUGUUCUUUUGUGCAAAAUAACGGUUUUAAUUAAUACUCAUCAUUGCAAGAAUCAUUCAAAGGAUAUAGACACACGAGUCAUCUCACAACUCACUUGCUAUAGUCACUUUGUGUAAGUGCACGUGUCUACGAACUUCCGACAUCGGGACUUUCGAAGAAAAGUGUAUUUAGUGAGCGGAAAAACUUUCAAUUUCCUCUCCAGUUGAAUAUAAUAUCAUCAUGUACUUGUCCAUGUUAAGUUUAAGCGAUAGUUAACCUAGAAGACAAAUUAUAAUAUUGGAGGAAUGAAUGCUUCAGAUGUCUUUUUUUUUUUAACCAAAAAGUUUCGAAAUAUUUUUGAUCCAUAUAUAAUAUGUCUCCUUCAUUACAUUACGAAUAAUCAACCUUGUUUUUCUUCUUUAAAACCUGGUUAUGUAAAUAUAAUAGUCAAACCCUGUAUUCUGUUUACUAUAAAAAGGACUUGAUGUCAUAAAAAUUACAUUACAAAAAUUGUUACUUAAUUAUGAGGUAAGUAUGUAAAUUUUAGCACAUUUAAAAUGUGUUAUGUACACUAUGUAUUAUUUAAAAUAAUCGUAUUACGAUGGUAUUUUUUAUUUAUAAUCCCAAAAGCAUAACUCCAAAAAUAUAUGUUAGUGUUCGGUAGAUUGGUGAUAAAAAUGUAUAAAACAGCAAAAUAAUUCUUAUUAUAAAGUUGAUAUCAACUUACUAACAUUACAUAACUUUAAAAUAAAUGUAUAACAUACAAAAUCUAAAUUUCUAAAUUUUUCACAAAUCCAAAUAUUUUCUUGUAAAGUAUUUUAUCUGAAUUUUACUCAAUUAGUUUAUUUAACACAGGAAAGGUCUACUUAAUAUAAAUAAUUUUCAAAGGAGUAUCACACAACAGUCCGAUUUUAAUAAUGUGGAGGAAAAAAUAACGUCACGAAGGUAUGGUGUUAAGCUGACGCGAGGCAUCGUGCGGUAUCGCACUGUGUCGCGUCUUAUCUUGUCUUAUUCUGUUUUUGCCCAACCUGAGACCACGUGAUAGCUAAUUUGGUGGGGGCUGCCCUCAACAAAAGGCCCUUGCUCUGGCACAGGCACUGCGUCUUUGAGGGCGAGGGGAAGGGAAGAAGGCGGAUCAAUCGACGGAGGGACGCCCGACGCCACAGCACCACGUAUCCAGUACUUAUGUUGCCGCCGGCCGCCGCCACGUGGCGCUGGUAUCGAUCACGAUGCAGCUGCACCGGAAAAAAAUAUAUAUAUACUUGUACCCGGCGCUUCCACCAUUUCACCCCUAGCGCCCGUCCAGUCAACAACCACGCGCAGUGAAAACUACACACGCCGUUCACGUUUCUGUAUCUAAUGACCCUGAUUUAGAUUAGACGUUAAGUCUCGAUCUCACACGUUGAGUAGGUUACUUAAUUAUCUUGUUAUUAUUAUUAAAUACGGAAUUUUCCUGUAAAUUUAUUCCGAUAGCUUUUUUUUUUCAUUUGUUGUUGGGUUGCAAAAUUUUUUUCUCACCUGGUAUUAACUAAACGUUAUUUUGAAGCUGUAUAAUUUCACGCGAUUAUGGACACCUGUGUCACAUUUUACCACUAUUAGAAAAUAUCUGUCGUGAAAAUUUGAGGCAACCAAAAUCCCUUUAGAUGUAGUCCACAGGUGCAUAUAGAUUUUGAAGUACCUAUUUCUUCUGGAAUGUUCUGUAAACUUCUUUAACAUUCUACGACAUAAAAAAGGAGAGAAAUAUUCAUCAAAAGUGAUUUCUGAACUAAGGAAGAUUUCUACAGGCACAGCCAGGAGUAAAAAGGUGUUUUUUUUUAUGAAAAAGGAUAAUUCAUAGUGUUCAUUGCAGUUUGUUCGUCUUCUCCUUGCUUCUUUAUGAAACCUUCAAAGUCUUCCGCCUUUUUGCUCAGUUUACAUACGAAAACUGGGAAAAUUAUUUUAAAAGUGAUUGUUUAUUACAGAAAAUUUAUUUCAACUCGCAAUAUUUUUCCAGACCUAAUUAAAACAAUUGGGCCCCAUAAAUAUAUUUAUUUUAGGCUCAACAUAUGACAACACUUCUUUCAGCUCUCUGCCAACCUGACGGUAGCAGAGACGCAUCUGGGUUGAGUGGGUUUCCGAAUAACCUGCCGAGCCUGUCUCUUCCACUUGGUCACCCCACUCCCGCCCUCUACUUUCUCCUUUAUCCUCCACGACUCUGCAUGCACGCCACGUGAACUACCUACACUCUACAGACAUGACAGGUCAAAUCAAUGAAGAGCGCAGGCUUUCACGGCCAUCGCCUGCAUAUUCUUGACUUCUGGGUGCAGGCCGUGUCAGGUAAUUGUAUUGCGACGUUUCGGC